AUGCACAACAUUAAAAUAGUGCACACUCUCGAAAAACUUGAAUCUAGUAUUGAUAACAAAUUAGAAAAACUUGAUACUAUCACUCAAGAAAUUCAAUUUAUACAAUCUAAAAUUGAUAAGGCUAAAUUAUUUGAUGAAAUUAAUAUCAUUGCUCCAAAAAUUGAAUCAAAUGAAUUGAAAGAUCCUGUUCGGAAAGAUAAUCGUGGUUCUCAACAACCAUGGCAUCCUGUACCACACGAACGAAUAACAAUUUCAGAGUUAACUGUAACACUUGACAAUUUAGUUUUAGAAUAUCCAAUAAUGAAUCUUACUCCUGAUCUUUUACCUGAUGGAAUAUUAGACUUUGAUGGAACAAUUACCGCAAAAACUGACGAUUCAAGAACUCCAACAUUCUCUGAAGGAAUUUCAAUUCCUGAUGAUUUAUUUAAAUUUUUCACUCACUUG